UCUUCUAUUCCUUUCACACACCUGACAAUAACAACAUGGCUGUAAAGUUGUGCCUGUGCCUCAGUGUUGCACUAUCAUUUCUAUAUAUAUCUGUAUCCAGUAAUAUACUCCCUGGAGGUCCAAUGAAUGCAAACCCAGACGAUCCAAGCAUCCAGAAAGCGUCCAUCUUUGCUGUGAAUGAGUUUAACAAAAAUUCAAAGGAUGACUAUCUCUGCAAACUCAUAAAAGUUAUGUCAGCGCAAUCACAGGUUGUUGCUGGAGUGAGGUAUAUUUUGGAAGUGGAGAUUGGAAGAACACAGUGCACAAAGGAUACCACUGAUGACCCACAAACUUGCACUUUGGCUCAAGACUCAGGUUUGACUAAGAUGUUGAAGUGCCAGUUUGUAGUUGUGGAAGUAUCAUGGCUCAAUCAAGAGACGCUUGAGUCCUACUCCUGUAAUGCAUUGUAAGAAGAUACUUUAAACAUCAGCAGAAGACACCACUUGCAGCAUGAUUUUAUUUAACUAAUUGUCAAAAUAUAAUAAAAUAAACUGUAACAAGCCAA